CAUCCGCUGGUGCGCAUGCUCUUUGGGAACCCUAGCUAGGCCGGGGCUGUUUUUGUAACUCCAGUUCAACCCACAGCGCAGCCAUCUACAACCAAAACAAGGAGCACGGAAAUCGUAACAAUCGGACAACCGACAAGGGAGAAAAAAAAGAAAGGAAACACGAAACGCCUCCCCUCCGAUGCUCCACGGCUACAGUAGCGCUUCAGAGAAUAUGUGAUCGGCUUGGGUUGUUGCUGUCAUGUGGUUGCCUCACUCUCACACCCGCCGGAAAACCACGCCUCCACAGGGGCCUCUCUGAGUGCGCGUGAACGCUGACCUUUGACCUUCCCCCAACGACACACCGCCCUACCUCGUCCCAUAUCAACUCCGGGGGGGUGUUUACCCCCCAACCCCUCCCCCCCACUGAUCUCAGUCCCCCACCUCCACCCCACUCGCCUGGAUUUGAUCUUCAUCCUUCUGUAAGGUCCUCAUCCUCUGGCCGAGCGGGUAGAUUCACGUACAAAUGUCUACCUCAAGAUUAAAGGUCGUCUCUCUACCACUGCGACCCUGAACACACUACAAAAUGACCUCCAGCAUAGACCGGGAUGACAGCAGUAUCUUUGAUGGGUUAAUGGAAGAAGAUGAGAAGGACAAAGCAAAACGAGUUUCCAGGAAUAAGUCGGAGAAGAAGAGGAGAGACCAGUUCAAUGUGCUCAUCAAGGAACUGGGUACCAUGUUGCCGGGCAACACCCGCAAGAUGGACAAGUCCACCAUCCUGCAGAAGAGCAUUGACUUCCUUCGCAAGCACAGAGAAAUCGCUGCCCAGUCGGAGUCGAGCGAGAUCCGUCAGGACUGGAAGCCUCCGUUCCUCAGCAACGAGGAGUUCACUCAGCUGAUGCUGGAGGCACUAGAUGGCUUCUUUCUGGCCAUCAUGACUGACGGCAACAUCAUCUACGUCUCCGAAAGCGUCACGUCCCUACUGGAGCACCUGCCUUCGGACCUAGUGGACCAGAACCUGUUGAACUUCCUGCCCGUUGGGGAGCACUCGGACGUCUACAAGGCCCUGUCGGCCAACAUCCUGGAGGGGGAGACGCUCACGCCAGACUACCUGAAGACGAAAAACCAGCUCGAGUUCUGUUGCCACAUGCUCCGGGGUACGAUAGACCCCAAGGACCCGCCUGUGUACGAGUACGUGAAGUUCAUUGGAAACUUCAAGUCCCUGAAUAAUGUGCCUAACUCAACGCGUAACGGCUUCGAGGGGGUCAUCCAGCGAUCGUUGCGGCCGGCAUUUGAGGAUCGGGUGUGUUUCAUAGCGACUGUGCGGUUAGCCAAGCCCCAGUUCAUCAAGGAGAUGUGCACUGUGGAGGAGCCUAAUGAGGAGUUCACCUCUCGACACAGCUUAGAGUGGAAGUUUCUCUUUCUUGACCACAGGGCGCCGCCCAUCAUAGGCUACCUGCCGUUCGAGGUGCUGGGUACAUCAGGGUAUGAUUACUACCACGUGGACGACUUGGAGACACUGGCAAAGUGCCACGAGCACUUGAUGCAGUAUGGGAAAGGCAAGUCCUGCUACUACAGGUUCCUCACCAAAGGCCAGCAGUGGAUCUGGCUGCAGACGCAGUACUACAUUACCUACCACCAGUGGAACUCCAGACCCGAGUUCAUCGUUUGCACACACACAGUGGUCAGUUAUGCUGAGGUGAGAGCGGAACAGCGGAGAGAGCUGGGUCUCGAGGAGUCUCUCCCCCAGAUAUCUGCAGACAAGCAGAGUCAGGACUCGGGCUCAGAGUCGCAACUCAACACCUCCAGCCUGAAGGAGGCGCUAGAGGGCUUUGACUGCAGCCACACGCCCUCCGUCUCGUCGCGCUCCUCCCGCAAAUCCUCACACACCGCUGUCUCCGAGCCCAACUCCACGCACACGAAGUUGCCGACAGACCGCAGCACGCCGCCACCGCCGCGGCAAUCCGUCUCGGCCAUCGAGAUGACAUCACAGCGCCGCUCCUCCAUCAGCAGCCAGUCGAUGAGCUCGCAGAACACGGGUCAGACGAUGGCCACGUCAGUGGUCUCCCAGCAACCGCAACAGCAACAGCAACAGCAGCCACAGCAGCCACAGCAACAGCUCCAGCUCCAGCCCGCUGUGCAGUUCACCACCCAGCUGGACGCCAUGCAGCACCUGAAGGAUCAGCUGGAGCAGCGCACGCGCAUGAUCGAGGCCAACAUCCAACGGCAGCAGCAGGAGCUGCGGCAGAUCCAGGAGGAGUUGCAGCGGGUGCAGGGCCAGGGCCUGCAGAUGUUUCUCCAGCCUGGCGCCAGCGGGUUAAACCUGGGCUCGGUGCAGCUGACUCAGGGGACAGCCGUGCAGGCAGGGGGCGCUCUAACCAUGCAGGGCCAGGUGGUACCAGUGGGCUCCCUUCAAGGCAGCCUCACCGCCACUCACCCGGCCUCCCAGCAUGCAGUUCAGCAGCAGCAACAGCAGCAGCAACAGCAGCAGCAGCCCCAACAGGUCCAGGCGCAACCUCAGAAUCUCCUGCGUGAUCAGAGCACCACCCUCACGCAGGUCCAGCGUCCGACCCACUCGCUGCAGUCCCCCCAGGGUGCGCUGCCUCCCUCCCUCUACAACACCAUGAUGAUCUCCCAGCCGGCCCAGGCCAACGUGGUGCAGAUCGCCACCAGCUUGGCUCAGAGCAGCAGUCCCAGCGGCGCUGCCAUGGCAACCUUCUCCCAGGACCGGCAGAUCCGGUUCCCAGCGGGCCCUCAGCUGCUGACUAAGCUGGUGACUGGUCCGAUGGCUUGCGGCGUCAUGGUGCCCACCACCAUGUUUAUGGGCCAAGUGGUGACGGCGUUCGCACCGCAGCAGGGCCAGCCGCAGACCAUCAGCAUCGCCCAGCAACCGCCCCAGCAGCAGCAGCAGCAGCAGCAGCAACAGCAGCAGCAACAGCAGCAGCCCACGCAGGAGCAGCAGGCGCAGACGCAGGCGGCCGUGGCAGCAGUCACGCAGCAGCAGGGUCAGGCCAAGGCGCAGCAGCAGCAGACGCAGUUCCUGCAGGUGACCACCAGGGGGCCGGGCGUUUCAAAGGCUCCCCGGCUGCUCCACAGUAACCAGUCCACGCAGCUCAUCCUGCAGGCCGCCUUCCCUCUGCAGCAGCAGGGCGCAUUCACCACUGCACAGCAACUGCAGCAGCAGCAGCAGCAACAACAGCAGCAGCUCCAUCAACAGCAACAGCAACAGCAGCUGCAUCAACAGCAACAGCAGCUGCAUCAACAGCAGCAACAGCAGCUACAACAACAGCAGCAGCAACAACAGCAACAACAGCAGCAGCAGCAGCAGCAACUGGCCUCGCAUAGGGCAGACAGCAUGUCGGACCGGUCCAACGCGCCCACCCAGUAGCCUGGCUUAGAGGCCUGCAGGAUGCUCAGUGGUAGUGGUGUGGUGGUGGAGGUGGUGAAGGGCUGAAACACAAAGUUUUACAGUGGAGAAGGGUGUUUUGGAUGUUUGUUUUGCAAACAUAGCAUAAAGAAUAAGCAGGAUUUUGACUGUUUGGUCUCUUUAGACCCCCCCCCCCCCCCGCCCUCUGCCUGCAUUGACUCCAGGUGAGGUGGGGAGACCCCCUGAUCAAGGGUUUGGCCUCCUCCCACCGCCACAAACACCUCCGUGCACCCACCCCAUCCCACCCUGCCAUCCUCUCCAGGAAGCUCCAGGAUGCCUGCCCACUUGGACGCAAACACUGGAAAGUUCCAGGAACACGCUACACUGUCCGUUGCCCGUGCCAUCAGCUCGGGACCUGAUGAGCGGAGGUGCCCUGUCCCUGCUCGAGAGCUGUCACCAUGGCAACCUCCAUGGAGACACCCAUCACCAUGGCGAUUGUGGAGGCAUGCAGGCUGUCCACCUACCCAGCCCCUUUCUCUCGUCCCCUUGUCCCGAUGUCUUGUGUGCUUGUCACUUGUCACAGAUUUAAUUUAUGCAGAACGUUCCAGACUUUGGGCUGGAGCUGACCAUCCGGGCUUCAAAGAAGUCCUGCAGAGCAGACGACUGCUUUCUCCUCCACUCUUUCUUUUCUCCCUCUCUCUCUGUCACUCCUUUCUUCUUUUUCAUGUCAAAGUAAUUAUGGGUCAGAAAAUAUUUUUAAGAAUGUCAUGUGGAUUGAACUUUUAUUGUACAGAUCACCUGUAAAAUAAUCUGUAAAUAUAUGGACAAAAGGACAGAGAAACUAAUAUUUUAUAUGAUGCAUGAAAUGAAAAGCGUAGUCUGUUAUUUGUAGCUUUGAAUAUACUUUUUUUUCUAGUAUUCAAAGAAAAAAAAGAGAAUUUAACACGGUUAAUGGCUGAUAUUCUUCACAGACUUGCUUUUCCUUGUGGGUUGUGAGUGUGUGAGUGUGUGAGUGUGUGAGUGUGUGAGUGUGUGAGUGUGUGUGUGUGUGUGUGUGUCUGGAAAGCAAGCACUGCCGGUUUUACAGAUUGUGUCACAGUUUGUGUAAUCCUCAAACACAUAAUUUAUUAGUACUGGUGAGGUUUUGUAAUGAAAAAGGAACAGAUUUUAAAGUAUAUAUAUACAUAAAAAUAUAUAUAUAUGGCUUUGGUUUAUAUAAUAUAAAUAUACAAAUAUACGGAUUAGAAGGCAAUGUCUCACAAAGUGUGUGGGUGUGUACUUGGCUCGCUGUGUGUGUGUGUGUGUGUGUGUGUGUGCGUGUGCGCGUUUGUGUAUGCAUUUGUAUGGUGUUGAAUUCUCACCGUACUAUAGGGUUUCUGUAAACAUUCACAAGGUAGAUUAUUAGAUUAUUGCUGAUGUUUGUGUUGUCAGCAUAUAUGAGGUGUUUGGAAUGUUUACAGGAGCUGAAACCUGUUCAAUUUGAGAGGGGAUUGGAAAGAAUGCUUGUGUGAUGUUCAUGAUCUAUAUAUGAGUGCCAAGCCAUGACUGUCGUGAGUUAGUGAUUAAGAAAGAGAAACGACAAACACCGUAACACGGGCCUUAUGAUUUCAUACAGCGUGAAGCGUGUAGAGAUUAUUAUAAACAAAGUCUAGCUGACUCAACAACAAUAUUUACCUUAACAAACCAAACCUUGUGUAAUAAUUCAGCACAGUAUAUUUGAGCAGUAGGUUCUUAGUGAUGUUGUACCAGUCUGACUUGACUGUCCCAGGUGCACGUGCCCUGAUGGAACUAUCCCACAAUAACUGACUUCUCAUGGCCCCAGAAUAGCUUCUAAAUCUCUUUUUAUUGGUGGUGUUGUUUUUGCCCCCAUCACUCUUAUGAGUGUGCUAAAUUGAUUUCUCACCAAUAGGCAACAGUGGCCUUAAUGUUGGCCUCUCUGCUGGCUUAUUGGAGGCAAGAAAAAAGAGACAAUAAAUUAUCCCAUAGACUCUUUACGGUCUCUAAAAUGGACGUUUAGCACUUAUUUGGAAUAGCAGAAGCUUUAAAGUUUUAAGUCAAGUCCUCUUUUUAGGUACCCCCAUCAGAAAGAUUUCCAUUCUUUUCGCAUCCUCAGAUUUAGCACUUAUUUAGCACGUUUAGACGUUUAGCACUUAUUUAGCACGUUUAGCAUUUAGCACUUAUUUAAAAUAGCAGAAGCUUUAAAGUUUUUCCUGACCAAUUGAAUUUGUCUCUAUCUUCCCUACACCGUAUUGGCUAGUCAAGGGAAGAUGCCUACCAUAGUAGUUGUGUGCCAUUAUAUUGCCUCCAAGCAGCAGUUGUUUGAUUUGUCACCAUUUCAAAUGAGUCACAGGGCGCAGAAUGAGGUCAUUCACCUUGUUUCUGGGUCAUUGUCAAAUGCCAAGGCGACCAUAUUGUGGCGACAGGGGUAGAGGCUCUAAUCUCCUGAACCCCCCCCCCUUCUUAUUAUGUACCUGUGGGUCAGGUGGUAGACCUUAACGCCCCAUGUAGCCCAAGAUUUUGUGUCAGUUAAAGCCCUUAGCAGUUUAAUUACAAUCAUGGUCUGAUAGAGUUCCAGUGAGACAACCGUUACCCUGUCUGGGCUGGACGGAGUCAGCGGUCACGUGGGCCUUCAGGGCACUGGGAAUGGACUGGUUGUUGUGUGUGAUCCAUAUCAGAAUCGAUGGGAAACGCAGUAUCUUACCGAUGGGAAACGCAGUAUCUUACCGUUUGAAUGUUUGGAAUGCUUGCAGAGGAUAUCUGUGUCCUCUCUCGUCAUCCUUGCAGUAGGAAAAAAAUCUUACCUCACCCAAUCACAGUUACGUAUGCAGUUCUCUAUACAGAAGACGAGCAGUUGCUCUGCGUGGCAUUGCCACAGGAGAGCCAUUUGGUCUUUUUGUUGCUCUGUUUAACCACAGAUCAUUUCAAGACGUCCUGCCAAAUUAGAAUACUUUUGUUUGGCAGGACUUGUCAAACCUUGUGAAUUUGGACCUUUGUUGUACCCCAGCUGUGGUUACUUGAACCCCAGAUCUGAGGUGACGUGGUCCAGGCAGUAGGUUAUUGAAUGAAUGUAGUACAAUAGUACUUAGCUGUACAGCAAAUGGUAAGCGUGAAUGCAUUUUAGCUGCUGAAAACGUAUUUCAGAAUAUAUUUAAACACACAUGUACAAAUUAUCAAAUGGUGUUAUUUUUCUAUGGCCAAGCCAUGCUGAUGGUUAUAUGGAUAUAGAGUAAAGUUUAAAAUGUAGUUUAGAGCUAUAUAUAUAUAUAUAUAUAUAUAUAUGUGUUUUUACAGAAAGGGACCUUACGUAUCUCAGCCCUAUAGAGAAUCUAUACAUUGAGGAUUCAAACAAACUGUGACACACUGGAGAACUGGUGUAAUUGUUUUCCCCAUAAUGCAGUUCAAUUCUGGAAGUGGCUGUUUUGAAGUGAGUGUGUGAAGUUGAGGGGUCACUGAUGGGGGGGCUGUCUCUUGGGUGUGUGCAUGGGUGUAUAAGAAGUAUCUCUUUUCAAAGCAAAUUACACGUGGAUUCUGCCCCCUCCUUUCAGAUUCUCACUGUCAUUGUCUCCAUGUAAGGGUUUUCAGUGUUGGCUUUCUUACCAGGACCUUUCCAGGAUGCAUUUUAAUCCAUGUGUUUGUUUUAUUUUAAUUGGCCUCUAUUUACCCAAGGCAAGCUGAGCUAGUGGUUCUUUCUCAGGUUGAUCAGUGCUGCAUAUUAGGGUGCAUUAAAUUUAGAUUAUUAGAUUAUUGCUGAUGUUUGUGUUGUCAGCAUACAGUAUAUGAGGUGUUUGGAAUGUUUACAGGAGCUGAAACCUGUUCAAUUUGAGAGGGGAUUGGAAAGAAUGCUUGUGUGAUGUUCAUGAUCUAUAUAUGAGUGCCAAGCCAUGACUGUCGUGAGUUAGUGAACACCGUAACACGGGCCUUAUGAUUUCAUACAGCGUGCAGCGUGUAGAGAUUAUUAUAAACAAAGUCUAGCUGUAAGGGCUCAACAACAAUAUUUACCUAAACAAACCAAACCUUGUGUAAUAAUUCAGCACAGUUUAUUUGAGCAGUAGAUUAUUAGUAAUGUUGUACCAGUCUGACUUGACUGUCCCAGGUGCACGUGUCCUGAUGGAACAAUCCCAUAAUGACUGACUUCUCUUUUUAUUGGUGGUGUUGUUUUUGCCCCCAUCACUCUUAUGAGUGUGCUAAAUUGAUUUCUCACCAAUAAGCAACAGUGGCCUUGAUGUUGGCCUCUCUGCUGGCUUAUUGGAGUAAAGAAGUAAGAGACAAAAAAUUAUCCCAUAGACUCCUUACGGUCUCUAAAAUGUAUAGCACUUAUUUGGAAUAGCAGAAAAUCCUCUUUUUACGUACCCCCAUCAGAAAGAUUUCCAUUCUUUUCGCAUCCUGAUUAAUUAUAGCCUUCCUAUCCACCCUAAACAACAAAUAUUGUCCUUAUCAGAAAUAAAAUAAGCUAAGCAGCGAUUUUUCCCUAAAACACUACCUUGCUGUAGCUCUACCUCCCUCCCUCCCUCCCUUUUCCUUGCACCGUAUUGGUGAGUCAAGGGAAGAUGCCUCCCAUAGUAAUUGUGGGCCAUUAUAAUCCCUCCCAUAGUAAUUGUGUGCCAUUACAAUUCCUCCCAUAGUAGUUGUUUGCCAUUAUAAUCCCUCCAAGCAGCAGGUGUUUGAUCCGUCACCAUUUCAGACGAGUCACGGGGCGCAGAAAGAGUUACCCUCAGAAACAGACUCACUAGUUGAGCUAGUGGUACUUUCUCAGGUUAGUCAAUGCAGCAUAUAAGGGUGUGUUAAAUGGAGCUUCAUUUGUGUCUUUGGAAAAAAAAAAACAAGAGAAGGAGAGCGAGAGUGAGAAAUGGCGCCACCUUGUGUUUGCAUAAAUGAAUGCUUGAGUCAUCACCACCCACUAAGUCUAGUCACUAGCAUUGGUGAUAUUUGUGUGGUCACGAUUCGUUUUUCUCUUGUUCAUUUGGACAUUGGGUUUACUCGCUGCUCUAUCCCGCCUCUCACCGAUCCUAUCGUUGACUACUUUGACGAUACCAAUCAGUCGGUGAACCUGUAAACGUGCACAUUGCAUUCUCAAAGCAGCCACUUCUAUACUCUCUCAUCCUUUUUUUCUGUAUCACAAGAUGUCCCUUAACUUGUGAAAUGGUCACAUACACAACACAUUUCCCCUGGUUAGGUGAUGUCAAGGAAAUUAUUGCAGUUAUUUGUAUCCAAAGAGAUGUAAAGAAAGAUGGAGAACAAGCUUAAAAAAAAUCCCUAUCAAAUUGUUUGUUUUAUGUUAUUUUUUUUUAAUAUAUUCUGAUGGAAUGCCCAUACAGAAGAGAUGGUGAAUCAUGUUUAAAUGUUCUGUAGUUCUGAUGUAUGCAGUAGAAGUUCUGAAUGUCUAUCAGUGUUCACUAUCUUGCUAUCAUUUAAUCUUCGUAUGUGUGAUGUUCUUUGCAGAACACUUGUGUUUGGCUCAUGAAAUCAAUCUGGUCAGUGCACAUUUAAAAAAACAAAUAAAUAAAAACAAACUUUUAAAGUA